AAGGACGAAGCACACGUGUCUAAGACUCGAACUCUCUGGAGCGGAUACGAUAUACGGGAAAUGCACUUGGCAUCACUCUCAUUUUGUUAUUUCCUUCACUGAUGGCUCACCCCUUGGGUUUGCAAUGGUAAAAAUCCUCUAACUUCACACCGCCAUUGGCUUUCGAGGGUUUGACGGAAAUGAAGCGACCGAGGAGGAGCGGCGGAGCGAGCGGCGCAGGAACCAACCGGUCUACAGUUUCUCUGAUGUUCUUGAGAGAUGUAAACAGUGUUUACCCCCCCCCCCCCCCAAAAAAAAAAAGGUUCCUCUAUGAUUAAUAAAGAAGUUGCGAGCAAGGCAAGAUCUUUUGACAAGAUGAAAAGUAAAGCCGAGAAUUGCAGCUUAACGCAAGGUGAUAAACUCUGCAAUGAGAAAAAAAAAUGGAGUUUGAGGGUGCAACUUAUACAAAGGCAUGUCCUUCAUUGCUUAAACUAGAAUGCUUGGUUGGCUUUUCUAGUCUGUGUUUUAGCACUGAUCUUAGUUGCUUUUUAAUGUCUGUGUACCUUCAAAGAAGGCAACAAGAAGAAGAAGCAGCAGAGCCCGUGGGCGGAAGAGAGCUGCACAAGGGAUUCCCCUGCCUUGAAAAUUUAGAUUUUGCAGAAGAAGAAUGGCGGAAGAACAACUUUACCAGCAGAUGUACCAGCUAGGAGAUGUGCUCAACGAAGCCACUGAUAGCUUGAUUUUUCAGGGUCUCAUCCAUGAAGGACAUGUUCAACUCCUACAUGCUGCUGGAAUAUCUAGCUUCACUUUGCUCAUAACCCAUAUGAGGGAGAAUGAUGGAGUGGAUGGCUUAGCUUCAGCCACACUGAACAUCAUAGUUGAAGAAGUAUACCGCAUUAGGGAUUUGAGAACCGCUGAAAAGAACCUCCAGACUACUGCCUCCAACAUUGGGAAAAAGGAUCAAAUGCACAGUUUGAACAAAAACAAGAAGAGAAUUCAGGAGCUGAUUACCGCUCUCGCCUUGCGUCCAAAAACUGAUGCCAACGCUGGUCAGAGAGCGCACUGCAGGACGAGGGAGAAAGAGGCUUGUGAAAAACGUGUAGCUAACAUGGAGCAGAACAACUGACCAACCCCCACGUAUGCAUUUCUAAAAAUACUAUACGAUGCAUCUCUAGACUUUUAAGAAAAAGUCCUUCUCUGCAAAAUGUUGAGAAUGUUUUAGCUUUGUGAUCGUACGGUUCCAACAAGGUAUUUGCAUUGUGGGUUGUGGCUUGGAACCAUUCCCACUUGUGAAUCCAUUUACAAGGAUUUAGACAUGAACCAUAUUUUUUACAUCCUUUUUUUUUUCUUAAAACAAGUUGAACAUAUAGUUUCAUACCCUCAAA